AUGGCUUCGGGAGAGAAAGAAGAGACCAAUAUUGUACGGAUCGAUGGCAGGACACUCGAAGGAGGCGGUCAACUUGUGCGAAAUGCGUUGGCCCUAUCAGCCUUGACCUCUAUCCCGGUCACCAUCGAUCACAUUCGCGGAAACAGAAAAGGAAAGACCGGCUUGAAGGGUUCGCACACUGCGGCAGUGAAAUUUCUUGCUGAGAUUUGCGGAGGACAAGUUUUGGGCGCACGUGUCGGGUCGUCACAGAUAACUUUUUACCCGCAAGGACGAUUGAAUGAGCCAUGCAUCAAACCAGAGUACACCAUCCAACAAUCGACGCCUGGUUCGAUAUUCCUCGUCUUCCAGGCUUUAUAUCCGUACCUACUCUACGCCGGGGCACGUACUCAUGCGCAUUGGCCUAUAAGACUGAAUGUCACCGGUGGAACUAAUGUUUCGUUUUCUCCUUCGUACGACUAUAUCGCACAGGUCCUAGUUCCUAAUCUUGAAAAGCUAGGUCUGCCACAUCUCUCAGUCAACCUGAACAGGCGUGGAUGGGGGACUGGGCCACUUGAUCUUGGAUCCGUGACAUUUGAGAUUUCUCCGCUCACAUGCGGCCCAACAAAAGAUGCGACAAACUCGCAUGGUCCAAAGUUGGACCGAUCCAUCCCGAAAUUCCCGUCCUUCAGCAUCAGAAGACACAGACGCGGUACUAUCACCCGCAUAGAGGUCACGAUACUUGCUCCGGAGAUCCCUUUACCAAUUGAUGAUAUACUCAGUGAUAGCGAUCCAAACACGGCUAGACGACGCUCAAGAACCACAGGAACUUAUACUGUUCGUUCGUUCUUGCAAGCGGAAACAUGCAGGGGCCUGGCGGAUGCUCUAGCCUCGUUGCCUAGCCAUCUAUUUUCGAACAGUGAUAACAGAAUCCCCGUCAAGAUACACAUAUCAGAAGCAACGGGCCACCCUACGCGUCUUUACGUGCUUCUGGUAGCUCAUACUUCCACGGGCUUCAGACUCGGACGCGAUGCGUUAUUAGAUGGCCGUGCAGACAGUGAGGACAGACAACACCGCUCUUCGCACUCCAAUUCAUCUAAAGAUAGCAUGCGGUCAAGGAUCCAACGGAUGAUCGACAGAUGCAUAACUGACUUUAUGGAGGAGUUGCAACCAGCGGAAGGGCCGGGUGACGAAGAUAGUACAAGCGGCCCCGAUAUACGAGGCAUCAGCAAAGAAAAAUCAUGCGUUGACGUUUUUAUGCGGGAUCAACUCGUCAUUUUUGAAGCUCUUGGAAAGCUCCAAAACACCAGAGAUGAAUCAGGGACAUUAACUGGUAUAGAUGAAGAAAUCGAGGAAGACGAGCACAGUUGGAGUAUGCAUACUCGAACAGCAAUGUGGGUGUGCGAGCAGUUCCUGGGGGCCAAAGUCUGA